AUGUUUGAGAAGGCCUUCGGUAAAUUUAAGAGGGAGGCAUACAGCGAGGAGGCCGAUCCCUACGCAAUCUACUCCUGGGAGGCUUGUGCACAUGUCAUCUCUCUUCUCAUGGAGCGCUUGAAAUCGACGGGCGAGUAUGAGCUUGCCCUGAAAGUAGCGCGGCUGCCUUUUAAUCCCAGCUUGGACAACCCGAAGCUCGGCCAGACCUGGCUCUUUCCACUAUUCCGCGACUCGUUGAUUCAAUCAAGUGAUUUGUCUAAUUACUUCAUCAUGCGAGACGGCAAAUUGACAGCUGCGGAGUGGGAUAUAAACCAUGGCCUCAUACACGCCGCGGCCCGUCAACGGCCUAUCAUAUAUAUGAAAUAG